AUGAAGCAGAGAGAAACUACUGCAGCGAAGAAACAACAGGAGUUAAUGGACCAGAACAUGGACCUGUCAAAAGGACUGAGUGAGAACAAGAUGACAUAUAAUGUUCUACAGAGAGAGAAAGAGAAAAUGGAAGAAGAAAAUGAUUUUUUGAAGAGAGAGAACAGCAGACUGCUGAGUUACAUGGGUCUGGACUGUGACUCUUUGUCAUAUCAAGUGCCCACUUCGAAUCAAGGUACAAGACAAGACCCAGGACUUGUCUUUGGAAACCCAUAUUCUGGUAUCCAAGAAAGUUCUGCCCCAAGCCUGCUCUCCAUCAAGAAAUGCCCCACCUGCAAAUCAGACUUUCCUGAUGAUGUUUUUGAUCACAACUUGGCCUUGGAGCAGCACCUGCAGACCCCUAGUUUGAGUUGUCCAAUAUGUGACAAGACCUUCUCAGCAAAAGAGAAGCAGAUCUUUGAAGACCAUGUAUUCUGCCACACUCUCUAA